AAGCUUGAUGUCACCAAGGCCUGGGCGGAUUGGCUUCCGAGUGCAAGAGUAGUGUGUGGAGAAGUUAGCCCAGUGAGAGCUAGACGAAGAACGUGUAAAGUGAGGCCCCCUGCAAUAGGAAGAGUGAGAGUCUGAGAGGUUUUUUAGUAGAAGUCUUGGGGUGCAUUUUUAUUGGUGAAAAAAAUGACUACUCUUGAAAGUUUAGAAACCAAAGUCAUCCUUACUUCAUCCCCAAUUCGAGGAGCAGGAGAUGGAAUGGAAACUGAGGAACCACCUAAAUCUAUUGAAGUUACUCCUGGAAUCCAACCUAUAAAGCAUCACAUCCUUCCAAGUCCACGAAAGAAAGCAGUUCCAUCAGAGAGCCCAGGCGUUCUUCAGCUAGGGAAGAUUCUCGCUGAAAAAGCAGUGGAAGUCGAAGCUGUAAGAAUAUUAGUUCCCAAAGCUGCUAUAACCCAUGAUAUCCCCAACAAAAAUGCAAAGGUUAAGUCUCUGGGACAUCAUAAAGGAGAAUUCCUUGGCCAGCCAGAGGGAGUUGAAGAACCCAGAAAGGAACUAUCCGAGGUAAAGAAUAUAUUGGAAAAGCUCAAGAACUCUGAAAGGAGGUUACUACAGGACAAAGAAGGUCUUUCAAACCAGCUCAGAGUACAGUCAGAGGUCAAUCGUGAGUUAAAAAAGCUGCUGGUGGCUUCUGUUGGGGAUGAUCUUCAAUAUCACUUUGAACGUCUAGCCCGUGAGAAAAAUCAGCUUAUUUUAGAAAACGAAGCCCUAGGUCGAAGCACAGCUCAGCUUUCCGAACAGUUAGAACGGAUGUCGAUACAGUGUGAUGUGUGGCGAAGUAAAUUCCUUGCAAGCAGGGUUAUGGCAGAUGAGUUAACCAAUUCCAGAGCGGUUUUACAGCGUCAAAACCGUGAUGCACAGAGUGCUAUACAAGAUCUCCUGAGUGAACGGGAACAGUUUCGUCAGGAAAUGAUAGCUACGCAGAAGUUGUUGGAGGAGCUCUUGGUCUCCUUGCAGUGGGGAAGAGAGCAAACUUACUACCCUAACGCGCAACCUCACAGCACAGCAGAACUAGCGUUAACAAAUCACAAGUUGGCAAAAGCAGUAAAUUCUCAUCUUCUGGGAAAUGUUGGCACUAAGGGUCAAAAAAAGUUUCCAUCAACAGUUGAAUUCUGCAGCACACCAGCAGAAAAAAUGGCUGAAACGGUUCUACGCAUUUUGGAUCCAGUAACCUGUACAGAGAGCUCACCUGAUAAUCCAUUUUCUGAGUCUUCACCAACCACCUUACUUGCUACAAAGAAAAAUAUUGGACGAUUUCAUCCCUAUACAAGAUAUGAAAAUAUAACUUUCAAUUGCUGCAAUAACUGCCAGGGAGAACUUAUUGCCCUUUAACAGUCAAUAUGUUGGAGGCACACUACAGAGUCAUUAUUAUUUGGCAGCUGGGGUUCUUUUAAUGCUAGAAGUAUUAUCACUUUCUAUUUAAAUAAUAUAUAUCCCCAAAGAUGUUUUAUGUACUGGACUCCGGAUUACCCUUUCUUAAUAAAUAUCUCAGGGUAA